AUGCAAAUAUCAUUCUAGCUAAAUACCAAUCAGGUUGAAGGAUAAUUUAAAGUAAUACCAGUAAUUAGUAUCCCAAAUCCAAAGUCAAAGAUUAAAUCUGUCCAUGAAGAGUUUUUGUAUGAAUAUAGAAAUUUAAUAGUAGAAAAUGAAUAAAUGAACAUUUAAAAUUAAAUUGCUGAUAUUUUUGAAUAGGAUCUUCUAGCGAAAGGAGUUAACGUCAUUUUCUAAAAUUAAAAUCCGAAUGAAAUUUCUGAACAAUUUCAUAAAUGCAAAUUUAAUAUUCAAGAAUUGAAAGGUAUUAAUGUCUUUUUAAAGUCUAUAAAUGCGUUAAAUGAAUGGUCUAAUGGAAAAUACAGAGAAGCUCAAGAAGAUAUUAUAUUUUAAAAUAAAUAUGAGCUUGAAAUAAUUCACAUUCGAUAUCUUUAAUUUCUUAAAAGAAUUCCUAAUACAAUAUCAAUAGACUCUAUAAAAAUUGAUCUGACAUUCCUAGUCUUAGUUUAAGAAAAUGUCUCUUAAAUAUCUGAUCUCUUAAAACUAGCUCUCAAUGGCAGGAAAAUCAAGAGCUUUUCCUUUUCUGUCUAUGAACCUAUCACACCAAGUACUGAAAAUAUACCAAAAGAAGACUAUGAUAACUAUUAUGGGAUUGAAGAGCAAGAAGCUUUUGAAAUCAUAAUCUAACAACUUUAUUCUUUUUAAAAUAGUCUUGUAGAUUUAGAGGAAAUCGAAAUAGUUUUUUCAAGAUGGACAAAAUUGAAAGAAGUCAAAAGUUUGUAUGCAUUUUUAGAAUUGAUAGCCAAAAAUGGCAAUUUAAAAAAUAUCAAAGUGAUUUUAGGUCUUAAUGAAAAUGGAUUCUAGUUAGAAGAAUACUCAACCUAAUUUCUUACCAAAAUUAUUAAUUAUAGUAAAAAUUUAAAGGGACUUUUUCUUCAUAUUGGAAACUCUUGGGUUUAAGAAUACGUUUCGCAUUUAUAAGACUAUGCAAAGUUAAUAUCAGAAACUAUGAUCACUAAUUGUCCUAAUCUCACACAAUUUUCGUUAGAUAUGACUUAGAGGAGUAGUUAUGAUAAAAACUUUAGUUUGCUAAUUUCCUUAUAGCUUUUUUUAAAAUAGAGAUAUUUUGAAUACUUGAACCUCAAUUUUUCAGGAUGGCAUCAAAUUAGUGAUCAAAUUGAAUUCAGAAUUUUGACGGCAGAACAAUUAGUGAAAACCCUUACAGCUCCUUUAGCUGUUAGAAAUUAUUUUAUUUGUAUAUGCUAAGCUAACCUUUACUAGUAUUAUGAUGAUCUUUGGCAUGGACUGGCAAAAAUGUCAAAUGAAUAUUUCAUUAAAAAAUUUUCAUUAAGAAUGUAAAAACAAAAUCAUAGAAAUUAAUAGGCAAUUAAUUAAAUGAAAUAACACAGCAUUUUAACUGAAUAGGCGAUAUAUUAAAUACAACAAAUAUUUAAAACAUAUGGUUAAUAUUUUAGAAAAGAAAUUUUAUCAUAACUAAUUAAUACUUGCUUGAAAUAAAAUAUUUCCCUUGUUGACUAAAACAUAAAAUCUGAAAGAUUCAGAUACUAUUCAGCUUGA